UUGUUCGCUCGCACUCUGCAGCAGCAGCGAGCAACAGCUACAGCCAUUCUGUCCUACCCACGGUGAGGAAGAUGAUGGUCACAACGUCGAAACGAGGCAGCCACAUAUAAAUUCACGGCAACAUUUUUGGAUUGAGUUGCAAUUUUGCGUCUUAGAAAGCCGUUGAAGCGAAGGGGGUCCCAUAAUCAUCGAGAGAAACGGGUCAGAUAUCACAAUGACCAACGAGGAACCUCUCCCCAAGAAGGUUCGCCUCAGUGAGUCUGACAUGAAGACCCUGACAAGAGAGGAGCUGUGUACAAGAUGGAAACAGCACGACGCCUAUGUCCAGGCCCUGGAAUCAAAAUAUACAGAGCUAUGCUCCAAUGAUGUGCCCGGGUUGAAGGAGUCAGAGGAAAAGCUCAAGCAGCAGCAGCAGGAGUCUGCACGCCGGGAGAACAUCUUGGUCAUGCGACUCGCUACCAAGGAGCAGGAAAUGCAAGAGUGCACAACCCAGAUCCAGUACCUCAAGCAAGUCCAGCAGCCGAGUGCAGCCCAACUGCGGUCAUCCAUGGUGGACCCAGCCAUCAACUUGUUUUUCCUCAAAAUGAAGGCUGAACUGGAACAGACUAAAGACAAACUGGAGCAGGCCCAAAAUGAACUGAGUGCCUGGAAAUUUACACCUGAUAGCCAGACGGGGAAGAAACUGAUGGCCAAGUGUCGGAUGCUGAUUCAGGAGAACCAGGAGCUGGGGAGGCAGCUGUCCCAGGGACGCAUUGCCCAGCUGGAGGCUGAGUUGGCCCUGCAGAAGAAGUACAGUGAGGAGCUCAAGAGCAGUCAAGACGAGCUGAAUGACUUUAUCAUCCAGCUAGACGAGGAGGUGGAAGGAAUGCAGAGCACCAUUCUGGUCCUGCAGCAGCAGUUAAAAGAUACCCGACAGCAGGUGUCUCACACUCCUGGCGCUGUGGCCGGACCCAGCAGGACUUCACCCACAGCAUCCAGCUCAUCCACCGAACCGUCCACCCAGCCCGAGCAGACCGGUGCACCCUCUGAUGUGGGCAAAGACUAUGGGAGAGUCUCCAAUGGACCAAGUAAUGGCAACUCAUCCCAGAGGAGCGAGACCACUACACCCAGUCUGUACCGAGAGGUCAGCAGCACUGAGGAAGACUUCCCCAUGUCCCCCAUGGUCUCCAGUCCGGGUGAAGCAGAGACCAAACUGUCCAACCUCUCCGAAGAGGCGUUGGGGAAUCAGACUGCCGCUGGGAGAGGUGGAGGACCUGUGGGUUUCGGGAGCCAGCUGAGCGCAGGAUACGAGAGCGUGGACUCUCCGACAGGCAGCGAGACUUCAUUGACUCAGCAUUCGAAUGACACAGACUCCACCACCGACCCCCACGAGGACAAGACUGCCAUGGUGACCAAGGGCACGAGGACUACAGGGUCAAGGCAUGCACAGAACGGCCUGGACGCUAGCACGAGCGACAGUGCAGUUUUGUAAUGUACCUUGACGUGUACUGUCGUUUCCCUUCUUUUUUUUUUUCUUCCUUUUUUAUACAACAUGCAAACAAGGCAACAAAUGCAUAGUCGGUAACACAGCACUGCUGUCCAACACAUUUUGUUUUCACUCUCCUCCCCUUUGCCUAUUGUGAUGCCUCUUUCACAUUUGUGUUACUAAGCAGGGGAUAUUACAGGACAGGGUUAAUAUUAGAUUGAAUCGUGUGGGUUUCUGAUUUAAAACUAGUGUGUUUCAUUCUGCUGUUUAUUUGAGCACGUCCAUGAUCUAGUUUGAGCUCUUGACACUGAAAUAGGGCAUCUGGUGUUGUAACUCAUCGUCAAAAGUCAGUAAAGUCAUUUAAAAACACAGGAGCUUUGAAAUAUUCAAGGUCAUUUUUAGAUGUUGGCCUGUUUUUUUUUUUUUUGAUUUUGUUUUUUAAAUACAAUUUUAAUUUUUCAUUGGCAAAAAUAUUCUGUUCAAAAGACUCUGUUCAAUUGUGAGUAGUUUAUAUGCGAUGUUCAUAUUAUUCUGACUUCAGUCCUUUUCAUGUACUGACCAAAUACCAAUAAAGAAUUUUAAUACUA